AUGGAGGACAAUUCAGAGGCUCAGAUGGAGACGGAUGUGUCAUCUACCACAGCAGAUGUGCCAGAAAUGCAGGAAGUACCUGGAUCAAGUGGUAAUGUGGAAAUGGUUAUUGUGGUGGAAAAAAUGGAAGUAGAUGAUACACUAUCUAAUCUGCAGAUGUCAACAAAUUUAGAAUGUGAUAAACCACCUACAAGCAUUCAGUCAGCCCAAUUCGAUGAUGGUACUUCACAAAAGGAGAUGACAUCUAUGCAAGUUACAAAGUCUCCGCUAAAAGAUAACCAAAUUGAGACAGUGUUGCCCAAAUUGGAAAACACUCCCAUAAAUCUGAAUGAAACCCCACCCAAGAAAGAUAUAUUACCUUCAUCUUCACCCAAGGUUUCCCCUUUAGAAAUAACGUCAUCUUCCUGUCAGUUGCAAUCCUCAGAAGUAAUUGCAGAUUCUUCCUCUAAAGAAAUGCAAAAUAUCCCAUAUAAAGAUAAAGAAAAUUCUUUAAAACACAUCCAGUUAAAGAAUAGUGACUCUAAUACUGACAAUGAAAAUGCAUCUAAAGAUGUUUCACUGCAAAAACAGCAGUCCGAGUCACCUAUAAUUGAAGUUGAUAAAUCAACUAAUGGUUUAUCAUGUACGAAUACUAACAACGAUCAAACGGGUAAGUUAAAAGAUAAUGAGACUGAAAACAAGAUGGAUGAAAGCAGAGUUUCUCCAGAUAAUACAGAAAAGGAUGUAUCCAAUGAUUCCCAAAUAGAAACAAACUCUGAUAUCUCAGAAAAAGAUCACAACAAAAGUAUUAGUAGGGAAUUGAAGUCUCUCAUCAAAUCCGCUAAAGAAUCCAAGAUAAUAAGUGAAUGUACACAACUAACAAGCAAAACAAGGAAAUCUAGAACAGCAUUUGAAAAUGCAAAUUCUAGUUUGACUUCUUUGGUUGAGGCCGAUAAAAUACAAGGCAACAGACGAAAUAGUGUAAACUCACAAAAAAGUAAUUGCAGUGAAAAAUCUGACAAAACAGUAAUUAAACGGUCAAUGCGGUCACAGAACCCGGAAUUUGUUAAUAAGGUUAAACAAUUUUUAAAUUCUGUGACAGGCAAAAAUCAUAAACCUGAGUCUGAGAGUGCUGUUUCAGACGAGGAUACGGAAGAGACUAAAAGCAAAGACAGUCACAAUGACUCAACCAGUACCACAAAGAGGAAAAAAAUAUCAGAAGACAGAGCUGUGGAAAAAACUAACAAACUUCGUUCUGACCCAUAUUGCUGGAGAUGUCACUGGGCAGUGGAGCAAGCUACAUUUGAAAAAACACAUAACCCUAUGCAUUGCACAGUUUGUCCUCGGUCAUUUCACUACAAAUGCCUGUCUGGAACAGAGCGUAAUAAGAUAGCCUCAGAUAAAAAUUGGGUUUGCCCAGAAUGCCUGUCAGUAUUGCAUGCUGAAAGCUCAGAAACUAGAUCUCCUGCAAUGAAAAAGAUAUCUUUGGGUUUGCUGUGUGAGUUGCUCAAAUAUGCUUUGGAGCGGAUGAUGGACCUUAAUGGGGUGGAGCCAUUCAUGCAACCCGUGGACCGUACAGCGUUUCCGGAUUAUGAUAAAUAUGUAGUGCACCCGAUGGAUUUAUCGCUAAUGAAGAACAACAUAAACGAGGGUCUUUACGGGAGCACCGAGGCCUUUCUUGGCGAUGCGCAAUGGAUAUUACAUAAUAGCAUAAUAUUCAACACAUUGCAGUCGAAGUUAACUGGUGGCGCUCGUGCAUUGGUGCGUUCGUGUCGUGCUGAGAUGGGCGAAAUAGAGGCGUGCCCUGAGUGCUACGCCGCGGCGCACGCUCGCCGACCCACUUGGUUCACGGACGUCUGUACAACACCACACAUACUGCUCUGGGCCAAACUCAAAGGUUUUCCGCAUUGGCCAGCCAAGGGAAUGUCAGUAAACAGUAGUGGUCUUGUGGACGUGCGAUUCUUCGGCGCUCACGACCGUGCCUGGGUGCCGGCCAAGGAUUGCUACCUUUACUCGGAAAAAGAUCCAAACAACUUCAGAACUAAGCGGCAAGAUAUACUGGAUAGUAUGCAGGAAGCUGAGCAACAUAUACGUAACAUAUCUAGAAAGUACGGUAAAUUUGUUUACCCACCCUUUAAAACUCAAUUUGACCCGACAAAACUAACUGAACAAUUAAAAAUGAUGAUACCAUCAUUUGAGGGAGAGGUUAGAACCCCUUCAAAAGAAAAACCGGGAAGCACCACGCACACACCACAAAGUACAGGCAAACAUAAAAGUAGAUCCAAUUCUAAAAGUUCAAAGAGUUCUCUUCAUGAAGGUUAUGUGAGUGAAGGUGAAGAUGUGACUGUAACGCCAACGAGAAAAAUGGCUGACGGCGCUGAAAUUGCCAAAGAAGAGGAUUAUUCAAUUAACGAAAAGAACAAAAGUGUAGAUAAUAUGGAAGUGGAUGUACAAAAAAGUGAUGUAUCAAGAAAGAGACGACGUUCAGAUCUAGAGGAAGCUGUGAUAACUAUAAUAGACAGUAGCAGCAAUGGAACAAUUGAAAAACGUAAGCGUUUUGAUGACCAUGAUAAAGAUGAGCCUGAUAAGAAUGAUGAAGAGCCAAAAGAAAAGAAUAAAGUACCUAUAAAAAAUACUGUAGAGCAAGUUGAUAAGGAAAAAGAUAAAGUAGAAACUGGAAAAUCCAAAGAUAAUGAGCCAUCUAGCAGUACUAACGAUAAGGAGAAGUCAAGACGCACUACUCCUAUCAAAGUAGUUUCUAAACUAAAACCGAGCAAGACAAGCACACCAAAAGAUAAAGAUGUUAAAGAUAAAAACACGUCGAGCGGUUUAUCAACUCUGAAACAAAGACCAUCUAGACCAGAUAAGUCGAUUUCUUCAGAAGAGGAGAAAAAAGCGCUGAAGCGUAGGAAUACAAGAACUAAAUCUUUAGGUUGUUAUAUUGGUGAAAAAUCUGAAAAAAAUAUUGACAAAAAGAAUGAAAAGAGUGCAAAUAGUUCUAAUAAUGGAAAAGAGAAAGCAAAAGAAAAUAAUACAUUAAAUAAAACUAAGGAACCUGAGACUGAUAAGAAUGUACCUAAGAAGAGCACAUCUUCAACCAAAUCAAAUGCUGAAAAACAAAAAUCAGCUAAAGACCGAUUACAAUUUGACGAUGACACAAGUCUAGCAGUGCUGGCUCGUGAAGCUAAAAAUAGUAUCGGUAACAGCAUGUCAGGUCUACCAACUAUAAGCAGUGUUCGGAGUCUCUCUACAACACCUAACAAUGAGAGCUCUCCUAAACCAUCCAACUCAAAAACAGUGGAAAUCACGAUUGAAGCACCCUCAGAUUCAAGCAUUUUCACGCCAACUAGUACAGAUAACGUUCGCAAUAUGAAAGAGGCGGUCGAUAAAUUACAAAGGCUGAGGAACGAAACUGAGCCACCGUUAGUGGGUCGAGUGGGUGUAAGAGCGUUCGCGCGAAUGACGUCACCAGAUAGUGUACCAAAGGAAAAAGAGAUGAUGCAAGUAGAAAUAAAGACUGAACCUAUAGACUUAGAUGACGCGGACCGACACAACGAGAAGAUGGAUCUGAUGAAAGCGUGCAGACUCCUUCCAGUUAACCCGACCGUUACAAAUAGCUUGCGCGACGUACGAAUAAAUAAAGUCGUUGUCUCACCGCUAAAUGCUCGUAAAGCUACAACUAAGACAACCGAAAUCCGUGUCCGAGCCAAGAAGACAUUCCCGCAGCCUAAAAAAGUUGACGAUGGCAGAUCUGAGUUGAAUGGUAAAAAUUCAAUGGUGUAUAUUCCAAUUCAACCACCUAUGACACAAGCGCCAAUAAGAGGAGUGAGGCCGAUCGCUGUUAAUGGACCCGUAAACGCUGCGUCAAACCCAAGGGUGCCUACGCCACUUGUAACAACUUCAGCUAGCAGCAUAAACACCGUGACAGCUCCAUUGGUACCGCACACGAAAUCAUCCUCGCUAUUAAACACUGGUCCUUUAGCAACCAUCACGAGCAACGCCGCAGCGACCUUGCCAACGAUUGGGCAGGUGCCCACAGUCGGGCCCACAAAUGUGCAUACGGUGCCGCUCAUAACCUCUGUAAAUGGCCAGUGGACUUUCAGUUUGCAGCCUGUCAUGUCUGUUGGAGGAGGGGAUGACUCAUCCACUCCGAUGGUAAAUGGGAUAGCGGAACGUGGCAAUACCGGCGCGCUGGUGCCACUGCCCACUGCCGCAGCGAAACUUUCUGCGCUCGCCUCGUCGCCGCUAAACGCGCCCGCUUCAGCUUCAACUUCCGCUCCCUCUUCCGCGCCCGCCGCGUCAUCUUCCUCCACACCUGUGCCCACCUCUACCUCGACAGGGAACACUCCAGCUGAGCUUCCCCGCCUUCAACAGCGACCAACAUUACUAAACCCAUUAGACGCGAGUACGCCAAUUGGUUGCGUACCGCCGCCAUCCACCUCUGGCCCUCUCACCGCCAAACUCAACCAAAACGCUGUCAAGCUUACCGAUUUCUUCCGUACGCUGCUAGAAGACUCGCUGGAGAAAAUAGAUGAGCCCGUGGCGCAGGCGACGGCGUUCAAGUUACAGCUCGAGCAGGCCAAGUGGCGCCACCAGCAGGAGAUUGAGGAGAUCAAACACAACCAUGAACUUGUGCUAGCGGAAAUGAGAGCAUCAUUUGAAAAAGAAAAGAUCCGGGCCGUGAACGACGUCAGGCGCGCCUCGCAAGUGGAGCUGGAAGCCGCCGUAAAACUGACCAAAUCUAAGCAAUGGUGUGCACACUGCAGUCAAGAAGCGCAGUUCUACUGCUGUUGGAACACGUCGUACUGUGACUAUCAAUGUCAGCGAGCGCACUGGUCGCAGCACUUCUCUGUCUGCACUCAGCAAAGGAAACCGGACAGUAAUAGCAAUGGAGGGCCGCCGCACGACAACACAAUGCAACCGCCAGAUAAUCUGCCAAAAACCACGCAAGCGCCGAAUCUCACGGUCGGCAACAAGCUGGCCCCGUUGCGCGUUUUCUCGCAGGAUCAGGGCAAUGGGCCGAAGUCCUCUAUUAUAGUGAGCAUGGUGGAGGAUUCUAGCGGUAACCAAACUAUGAAGUGCGUCGGUACGUACAAGCCGCCGGGGCCGCCGCAACUGUCGCCUCUCAACAUUAAUAAGCAAAUUAUGACUACCGAAGAGAACGCUAAGAAAGUGGUGACAUCUGGCGGGUACUUGAUCGUCGGCGCCGCUGGGUCGAGUGGCAACACAAACAUCGUGACGUCACGACGCGCGCACACCAUACAAUAUUACACGUGA